AUGGCCGAUAGACUAUCGAGAGCGGCUUGCUGUCAAAAUAAUAAAAAUACUUUUUACUAGAGCGUAUGCCAUAUUUGAUUGUAUUUGCAUAGUUUUCAUACAACAAUUAUAAUAUUAAACUGAAUGAGUUCCAAACAUUUUUCCUCAGAUGUUGUAAAAGUUAAUACGCAGAGGUCAUUUACACCUUUGCGGAUUGCUUCGUGUCGUGCGUAUUGAGGCACCAGUCGUACGCGCUGUUUACGUCUUAGGAUGAGUGAAGAAGGAAGCGAUGACUCUCCGCCGCGGCCGAAGCGUAAAAUCAAGAAAGUGGUAGUCUUGUCAUCAUCAGACUCUGAAAGCGAUGGUAGCUUUAGCGUGGCGGGGACACGUAGAAAGAGAUUGAGAGUGCUUAGUGAUGAAGAGGCAAGUGACAGCAGUGGAAGUUCAGUGGUGCGCGCUGGAACUAGACGGAGACGAACACUGCCGAAGCUUCGUGACUCUGAAGCAGAAAGCGAUAGUUCCGGUUGGUCGACGGACCACGUAGAAUCUUCCAAACCUGUGACUUCAGCUUCAAAACCAAUCUCAGGAUUUGCAUCUGACAGUUCUGAAGGCAAUUCUGAUAAAUGCUCAAUAUGUCUCUUGCGUUUUAAAGAACAAGAAGUAGGAACACCUGAAAGCUGUGAGCACAUAUUCUGUUUAGACUGUAUCACAGAAUGGUCGAAGAAUGUUAAUACAUGUCCAGUGGAUAGAAUGACUUUCAAUUCAAUUAUUGUAAAGGCUUGUGUCGGUGGGCGCGUGUUAAGGAAGGAACCUGUAAAGGUUAUUGAGCGAAGGCCUUCUGUUGAGGCUUUAGUGGUUGAAGAUCCAACUGUGUGUGAGAUAUGUGGCAGUACUGAAGAUGAAGAAACUAUGCUGUUGUGUGAUGGCUGUGACCUUGGUUACCACAUGCAGUGCCUCUCACCUCCACUAGCUGAGGUUCCCGCUGAUCAGUGGCUUUGCCCAAAUUGUUAUGUUUCUCUUAAUGGAGAGAGUAAUCUGCUGGAGGACAUAAACCUUUCUGAAGUAGAAGAUUUAUUGGAGGGAGUUGUUGAUAUAGAUCUACCUCUUGGACCAAGAUCUGUUUUGUUAAGGCAACAAAGAAAUGUAAGGAGAUCAUCUAGGAAUGCAGGCCGAUUCGAUCAACCAUCAACUUCGAACGCUGGUCAUACCAAUAGUAACAAUUUAAACGAAUUGUCUGUAACAUCUAGAGGCUCAACAAGUUUACAAAGAAGUUCACGUUCCACUAACAGACGGCAAGGAAUAACAAAACGUAGAAAAUAUAAAAGAAGAAGAACUAAAACUGUUAUUAUUGAAUAUGAGGUUCAGGAAAAUGGAAAAUUUCCAAUUACAAAGAGGGUUAAAAAGAAAGUGAAAAAGAGAAGGGUAAAAAAAAGACAACCGCGAACCGCUGCUAGACGCUCUCAUGUCCGUGCAAGUGUUCGUGCUAAACUGGCCACUCUGAACACUGCUCAGAGAGCAGAUAUAGUUCAAGCAUCAAAUGCUACCAGAAAUAACCUAUCUGUUCGACGUCAAAGGGCUGGUAUUCCUUCACUGAGUCUAUAUGGGAAUCCUCAUGAAUUAGAUUACUUCUCUGAUGAAGACAAUGCAAUCUCUGAAGAAGCAUCUACUGCAGUAGCCACCAGAUCAACAUCUAAUAUACUGAGUGCAUACAGACAGGCCAGAAGAAAAAUGAUUAUGGUUCCAUCUCCCCCUCAUGCAUCAUCUGCGCCCGACAUUCUUUCUAACAUUUUAGAAAGUCAAACUUUGCUGCAUUCAAAAAAAUCUAUAAUUUCCAUAUCCGUAGAUGGGAAUGUCGAUUACAAGCUUCAAUCGCGUAAGGAAAAUCAUGAUAAAAAUAAUGACGUCGAGUCUAAGAAUGAAGGAAAACUUGAUUUGUCUAAAGCAAAUGAGGCUGUUCGAAAUGUACCCUCAUAUCCGGGGCAGAACAGGGGCGGCGGAUGGGGAGGCGGAUACAGAGGAAACUAUCAUCGUGAGCAAAAUUCUAAUAAUUUUAACAGGGGAGGUAAUUACGAAAACAAUUACGGAGGAAACUAUCAGAAUAGACAAGGAAAUGCAUACAACUAUCAAAACAAUAAUAUGCGUCGUGAUGACGCCGACUAUUAUGAUAACUUUUCAAGAAGGCCGCAGCAGUAUUCACACACCGAUGAUACCUAUUUUGAUAGAUCUAGAAGACCGGGUCCAAUGGACAAUAAUAGAGGUAGCAAUUAUUCAAACCAUCAGAGACCUAAUGACCAGAGCCAGGGUCGAUUUAGUUUGGGGCCAUCCUGGCAACCUUACAGUGGUGGAGGCCCUUCGGCGCCCACCCCCAGACAAGAUGUGCCUCCAAUUCAGUCUCGACAUUCGUUUGGAGGAUUCGAAAACCCCGUUGAUAUGAGAAUGGGUCAAGUACCGCCGACUAAUACAAAUACGAAUUCUGAAAUGUUUGUUGGAAUUGACGCACCCCGUCAAGAGAAAACUCAACCACACGCACACCAACCCCUGUCCGACCCGCAAGCGUAUCAGCCGUUGACGGAACCACCGGUUUUCAAUUUUCAGAAAAAUUCAGAAGUGGAAAAAUCCGAAGACGAAAAAAGCGAUUCGGGCCUCGUUAUCGAUACGGAGAAAUACGACCCUACAGAACCAACACACGAUGACGACAGCGGUGAAGAUGAACCGAUCGCAUCGUCGGACUCCGAGGUACCGCCGCCGCCAGCUGUGCAGAGUAUCCUGGCCGGCAUUGAUACCAGCGCCAUGAACGUGCCUCCCAAUAUAUUAGACACAGCCGUCAGACAAGUUCUAAAAGAGCAUAGAAAUCUAAUUGUGCCUCCUAAUGCGGAGACACAUAACAGAAGCGAUGACGAUUCGGAUGGCGAUUGUCCCAAUUUUUCGAUUUAUUCCGCCACUAGUGUUCACAUAGCAAAUAAUAGUAGCAGUUUGACUGAUGAGGUGCCGAAGGAGCAGCCUCAAGAUAGUUUAGAAGAUUUAGUUCAAGAAGAUGAUGAGACACCUCCAUCGACAUCUCCCAUAACAAUACCUGACCCAUUAAAUAACGAAAAGAAAACCGAUGUCAGUAGAACUUCUACUAAGCCCCUUGUUAGCAGUUAUGAUAUGGAUGAAAAAAAGAAAUCUGAGGAAGAAUAUAAGGAAAAGGUGUCCAAGAGAUGUCCAAUAACGACGAAUACACGUAACCCGAUAAAAAUUAAACUUAAUACAUCAUCGUUAAUCAAAAGGCAAGUCAGUCUGUAUGAUGAAGAAGAUACAAGUCAGGAUGUCGAAGCGAACGAGAAAGCAGAGGUAACUCGAGAAAUGCCUGAAGAGAAAUUAAAUAUCAAUUGUAAUACCAUGAGCCUGAAAAAGCACGAUGAAAGUCCAAAGAAGAAGUCUCCUUCACCUGAGAAGUGCGAUGUACCACUUGAAUCCAAUGAGAUCACUAAAUCUGAACGAUCUUCAAGUCCACUUAUAAACAAUGUCCUUAAUAAGGAUAUUUUCAAAAAACAAGAACACAUUAUUAAAGAAUCAGUUGAUGAUACUGUGAACGAAAAUAAAAACGAUGAUAAUAAAUGUGAAUAUAUACGAUCAAAUACAAAUACGUCAUUAGAAAAAAGCGAAGACUCUCCAAAAAAUAAAGAUGAGUCUGAUGAGGAAAGUCACUCUGACGUCGAUGACGUACCAAUCAUUUUCACUGAACAAUCACCAAAAUUAGAUGUAGAAGUUGCUAGAGUCGAUGAUAAUGUUGAAAAAAUGACUGAAUCGAUAAGUGAAACAGAAGAUGAGCGGAGCUAUACGCCGUGUCUCGAUGAGAACAAGUCUAACAAGGACGCGUCGUUUGAAACUGAAAAGGAUAAAGGACUGGAGGGUCUGGACACGGAAAUGAUUUCCGAGGAGGAAGGAAACGAAAUGUUUUCAGAGAACGAACGAGCUGCGUCAGAUAUUUCGCGUGCCUCCCCCCCGAGGGUGCCUCCCGAGAACGAGGAGGGCGAGAUAGCCGAUAAAAAAAAGGAGGGAAAAAAGGUAUCACUGCGCGACGAGGGCGCGAAGAAGAAAAAAAAGAAGGAGUCCAAGAAAGACACAAAAGAAAAGAGUAAGAGCAGAAAAAAGAGUGAAAUUUCGUUCAAAAAGCUUAGCAAAAGUGGAAAGGAGAGAAACUACAGGGAGAGAGAUAAAAACGAGAAAAGGAGCGAAAGGGAACGCCGGGACUCCGGCGACGCCAACGAGAGCCGGCAGCGGAGGCGCAAAGAGAAGAGAAAGGAUCUCGAACGUUACGACGUGCGCACCGUCGUCACCGAGAAGAGACGAAAGCAGAAGGAUCCCUUCGGCAGGGACGUGUCGCCCCGAGGCCGCUCGCCCUCGCUGUCGCCGCCCCCGCGCUCGCCCUCCCCCGCGCCCUCCCGCCGCCGCCGCGCCGCCUCGCGCCGCUCGCUCUCCAAGGGCCGGCGCUCGGUCUCCAGGGGCCGCCGCUCCCUCUCUCGAAUACGAAGAUCACCCUCGCCGUCGCGGCGAUCCCUGUCCCGGAGGAGGUCCCCGCCCGGCCGCCGGUCCGCCGGGCGGCGCGCCAGCCCCGCGCGCGGGCGCUCCCCGGCGCGCUCCAGGGCGUCGUCGGCGCGGCGCCGCUCGGGCACCCCGCGCGCCUCCCCGCGGCGCAGGAGCCCCCCGCGCCGCAAGCGUCGGCGCUCCGGCUCGCGGCUCGCCCGCCGGCGCUCGCUCAGCGCCAGCCCCCCGCGCCGCGCCACCAAGAAGAAGAAACGCACGCGCUCCGCCCGCCGCGCCCCCGCCGCCGUCUCGCCGGAGCGCAAGCGGCGGCGCAGCGCGAGCCGCCAGGCCGAGCCGGAGCCGGAGGCGCCCUCGCCGAUGUCGCGCCCGCCCUCGCCGCGCACGCCGCCGCCCGAGCCGGAGCCCGAGCCGCGCGCGCCGCUGCGGUCGGACGACGAGCUCGAGCGGCGCGAGCGGAGGCGGCGCGACCCGGACCGCCUGAGGCGCCGCGUGCGCGACGCCGCCGGGCCCUCGAAGGAGGUGUUCACCUCCGGGGACAACAUCCUCGUCAGCGUGAGCUUCAAGGAGCAGGAGCGCGGGGAGGAGGGCGAUCGGCGACGCCGACGGGAGACCCGCCGCGACCGUAGACGUCGUCGGCGAGCCGCCGUCCCGCCGGAAGUCGAGGUCGCCAAGCCCGUCGCCAUAAUCGACCUCGAACGCUCGCCCUUCCGCGAGCUCACGCCGUCCCCGAAGAACGUGAUAGUCCUCAGCGAUAGCGACCCCGGCGAAAGGGAGGGCGCCGAGCCGGGAGUGCAGCCGCCGCCCGCACCGGAGCCGGCGCCCGAGCCCGCGCCGCCGGCGCUCGGACCCAAGACCCCUCCGGAGCCGACGGUGCCGGAACCCGCCGCGCCGGAGCCGGUCGAGGGACCCGACGAGCAGGCCGACGCGCCGGACUCCGAGCGGCAGUCGCCGGACGCGUACGACCCGUUCGAGCCGACGCGCUCGCCGUCCGCGUCGCCCGCGUCCGCGUCGCCGGCGCCCGAGCCCCCGCCGCCCUCCCCCCCGCGCGCGCUCAUCACGCUGGAGGCGGCGCAGCGCAGCAACAUGUCGGCCGACGAGGUGCUGGACCGGCGCCCGCUGACGCCCGUGGAGAAGGUGAUGGCGCUGCUGCAGUCCACGCGUGACGCGUCGCCCGAGCCGGCGGCCGCGGAGCCCCCGCCGGCGCCGGCGCCGCGCAUCGUGCUGCCGUCGCCGACGCGCGUGCCGCCCAAGCUGUUCCCGGGCAAGCCGUCGCCGAUCAAGUCCAACCCGGUGAAGCCCAUGCAGGCGACGCGGCUGCAGCGCCCGCCGUCGGAGGGCGGCGCGUCGCCGUACUCGCCGGGCUCCAGCGACUUCGGCGAGCUGUUCGAGCCGCCGCCGCGCCGCGCGCGCCUCGACCGGAAGAGAGGCAAAACGCAAGUGGGCGUUAAAAUAGACGAGGAGAACCUGAAAAUCCUAGACGACUUGCCGAGCUCCGCCGUCGAGAUGCAAGUCAAGAGUAAAAUGUCCGUGCGUGCGCAGUUCCUGAAGAAGCUGAACCGGCAGGAGCGCGUCGUAGAGGAGGUGAAGCUCGUGCUGAAACCGCACUACAUCAAGAAGCGCGUCACCAAGGAGGAGUACAAGGACAUCCUGCGGCGCGCCGUGCCCAAGAUCUGCCACAACAAGUCGGGCGAGAUCAACCCGACGAAGAUCCAAGCCCUCGUGGAAGCUUACGUGAAGAAGUUCAGGAAAAAACACAAACUCGGACUGGCGUAGUCGCUUAGCGUAGCGGAUGUUCUAUCAGAUUAUUGUAAUUAUAAUUUAUGUACGGACAAUGUAUUUUACUUAAACGUUUUAUUUAUAUUAAUAAAAUAAUAUAGAUUUAAAUCA